AUGAAUUAUCACCAAAAAAUCCUUUGCUGCAAAUUUGAUCUUAUUUCUCGAACUCCAGGUUUUCUCCGUCGAUUCGGCUUCAAUGGUACGCCAAACCUAUCGGGCCCAGCUCUGCCCAUACCUGAUCAUGUAUGGGAUAUUUAUGAAAGAGCUAAAAAAGAUGACAGUAUGGAUUGGAUACGACAUUACUAUCCAAAGGAGCUGCUGGAGCUGAACUCCGGAUUGCUGGUCUCGUACAAUCUCUCCGCAUCAGUACGGAAUGCCGCCCACGAAGAAGUGACACGAGCGGAUAUGAAGAUCCGAGUGCAUUCAGCAAAGCGGCAUUCAUCUCUAGUAAACGUCUAUGAAGUCGAUGAAAAGGAUGAAAAAAUCGAUUAUCGAUUUCAGAUACGGAGGUUGCCGGUAGAUGUUUCUAAUGCAACACAACAAAGUCAAUGGCUUGAUUUCGAUGUCCAAUCUGCUUUCGACUCGCCACGUAGCGACCAUGAUACGUUUAAGGUUGUCUUCUUCAUUGAACAUCCAGACGUCGACCUCUAUACAUCCGAACCUCAUUCCAUGUCGGCAGUUCCUUUCACAAGGCAUCAAAGCUUUCCUCUCAUUGUUUACAGCGCCCUGAAGGAGCCGUCGCGAGUACGGCGAAAACGUGGCGCUGCGACGCCGCGUCGCGAACGAAAAAGGCAGCGUAAGCAGCAUCAUCGGAACGCGACCGACAGCGGCAUUUGCCAGAAAAAGGCCCUCUACGUGGAUUUCGAGGAAAUCGGUUGGCAGGAGUGGAUUUUGGCACCAAGUGAAGCAUGUGAAAGAAAAACAAAAAUAAACGAA